CCACCAACCAGCCGAAGGGCCGGUCACAAUACUAGUUCCAUAAUAGAAGCUGAGUAUAUUGCGCAACACGAGCAUGUAAAAAGAUGUUGUGGAUGAAGAAGUUCUAAGGAAGUUGGCUUAAUUAUCAACAUUGUUCCCGUCCAUCCAUAGUAAUUUUAAAUUCUGGAGGCUCUGCUACAUGUUACAACUUUCCUGAAAAAUAUUUACGGUGUGGUUUUUAUUAGUACAAUAUACUGUAAUUUUCUUUUGUAUAUUUUCCUGGAAAAUACCGUACAUAUGCUAAAAAUUGGCUGGCAAAUCACAUACGGCCAGCUUACCAGAGUACAGAUUAGUAAAUUGGGCAAAGGGGCGAUGGAAGCAUAAUGAUAAUACCUCCGUCCAGAUAUGGUAGGAAUCUGUUCUCUCCUAUGGAGGUAGAACAUCGAGAUCGAGGUUAAAUUGGACGAAAAUAGAAUUUCGAGGAUACUUUAAUUUCAUUUGUAUCUUUUCGUUUUGUUUUUGGAACAUUAGCGGCGCCAACGCUGAAAUAAAAGAGAGACAGGGGAGCGAACAGCGAACAGAGCAGCAACAAAGAAUAAAAAAAAAUGGGGGAGCUUUUCCGGGAAACGGAAAUCCCAAACCAAAAGCGCUCUCCAAACUCGCCGCCGUUCCCCUCCGUGCUGUCUCCGAACCCAGCAUUGUUUCCCCCUUCUCUAACCACCUUCACUUCCGCCAUAGAAUCCCAAAAGCCGUAUUUGGAGUCUCUACUUCACAAAACAGGGGCGAUUUUAUUCAGGGGAUUCCCUCUCGAUAAUGCUUCCCAUUUCAACAGCGUGGUGGAAUCCUUCGGAUUCGCCGAUCAGCCUUACAACGGUGGAGCAGCUCCCCGGACCCACGUCGUCGGCCACGUCUAUACCGCCAAUGAGUCGCUGCCCCAUGAAAACAUCUCCUUCCACCACGAAUUGGCUUACUCGCCGGAGUUCCCGACAAAGUUGUUCUUCUUCUGCGAAGUGGAGCCGGUAAGCGGCGGCGAGACGCCAAUCGUGUUGAGCCACGUGGUGUACGAUAGGAUGAAAGAGAAGCACCCGGAGUUCGUCGAGCGGCUGGAAGAGGAAGGAUUGGUUUACAACAGAGUGAUGGGGGAAGAAGACGAUCCUUCUUCCGCCAUUGGUCGCGGCUGGAAAUCAACGUUUGGCACCGUUGACAAAAUGGUCGCCGGCCAGAGGGCUGCAAAACUAGGAAUGAAGCUAGAGUGGAUCAAAGAUGGAUCGUCAGCGAAAAUAAUAAUGGGUCCAAUCCCAGCAAUCAAAUACGACAAGCCGAGAGAUCGAAAAGUUUGGUUUAAUGGGAUGGUCGCGGCUUAUACGAUUAGUAGAGACGACAAUGGACAAUCUGACGAAUUGACAAAGGCCGUCGCGUUUGGGAAUGGGGACCCUCUUCCUUCCGACAUCGUUUAUGAUUGUUUGCAAAUCAUGGAAGAGGAAAGCGUUGCAAUUCCCUGGCAAAAGGGAGACGUAUUGUUGAUAGAUAAUUGUGUUGUACUUCAUGCUCGAAAGAUCUUCACUCCUCCUCGUCGAGUUUUGGCUGCACUCUGCAAGUAGAGAUGUUAGAUAUAUAAUAUAGCUACUUUAACUUG